AUGUCACAGGGACGUUUGCCUCCCCUCCGAGGUCCAAAUAUCGCACUGGGACCUCUUAAUAAAGCCGAAGUCACUAGUCCCUUGCUGACUCAUGUAAACACCGACUCCUACAGUAGAAUAUUUGAACUUAUCAACAAUGAUCCCACCGCCCCAGAAACUGCCCUUCGAGUUCUUGCUCACAAGGUGCAAUCACCGCAGGAAAAGGAAGCCAUUGGUGCCCUGACGCACCUAGGUGACUCUACUUCAGAGCGUGUAAAAAGCAAGUGUAUCGAACUCCUCGUCACCUGGAAUCGCGAUCUGGGCGAGAAGUAUCCCAAAAUCGGCGAAGCCUACCAACUACUAAAGUCACAAGGCGUUAUAAAAGAAGAUCAGAUCACACCAGCACCAGCAAAGGCUACGGGAGACGAAGAGCACUCCUCUCGAAACAGCAUAUUUGAGAACAGCCGACAUGCUGAGGUAAGUCCGUUCGCCGCAUCCUUCUUGCUGUGUCAUCCCCUCAAUAACCCUACUGCAUCUUUACAGACUCUCGCGAAACUCCUCAAGAGCCGCAACCCGGACGACCUUCAGAGGGCCAAUGAAAUAAUAAAAACCAUUGUCGAUGAAGUGAGUUCGUUCGUCAUGAAUUUGCCCUUUGAAUCGUGGUUAGACGCUAUUUUGGGUGAGCCCUCGUCAAUUUUCUGUCUGCUUGCUGAUACGUACAUGGCCGAUGAUUUGUUGAGGACUUUGUGA